GCUCGGACCAGGCUAUAAGGUACUUAUUACGAUUCAAAAAAUAUUCAAAUUGGAAUCUAAUACAACUCUUUUGAUCGUCCAUAUGUUUCCCCUACAACCCGUUAAGGACACUUUUUUGCUGUACAGAAAAACUGUGCCAAAAAACUUCAUAGCGUCAAAUCUUGUAACAAUAUUUACAUUAUAUUAUAUUGUUACAGUGUCAAUUACAAAAUUAGUAUUAGUUAUCAUCUAAUAUAAUAAAUAAAGAAAAAGCCUGUUUGAAAAGCUUAAGUAGCUUAAGGUCGGUAUGAGACUUGACCGUAGUGGGUACGUAGACUGCAUUGGAAGCGAAGUGCAACGGCACUUGCGUUCGUUUUGUUUUGCUAAAGAUUCAUAAUUUGCACAGAUAGUAUAAGUGCCUUUCAACUUAAAGACACUCAAAUUAUAUUGAUCAGUAAAAACAGACUGAGGGAGGAACUGUAAGUGGAGACGCGUCUCAAUGAAACAUUAGAACAAUCUAUGCUGUUAUUUUUGUUUUCCUUCCAGUUAUGGUCUGCACUAAUUAAUAUUGUACAUGCAUCUGUAAUUGACAUGACGUCUCGUUAAUUACUAAUAACAAUUCAAAUGACCUGUGAAUUUAGAUAAGAACUCUCGCUAGAGUUUUUAGAUACUCUUUCUCUGAUAUGGACAAUGAAAAUAUGACCAAUAUAUUAGAUUUGACUGAUGGUUGGAACUAUAGCCUCGGUACUGCCUAAUGCCCAUUCAUUUCAGAAAAUUAUUAUAAGAAAACCACAUAAAUUGACUAGCCCAAGGGAAAUCCCAACCCGUUACUCACAUACGAGCUCAGAUUCUACCUACAUUCGAAUUCGUAAUGCAUAUAUGUAUAAAAAAAAUGCGAGCACAGUUAAGAAGGCCAAUAAUUUUAAGAAAGACUAAUGUCUAUGUAUCAUAUUAAAAUAUAUUCAAGAUCAAGAAGUAUUAAUGGUAUUUCGGCAAAUUCUUAUCUUUUUGAAAUACAAUUGCGAACGAAGUCUCAUGCCGGCAUUUCACUUGGCUAUUCGUAUUCUGCCCUUUUCAUGCUUUAUAAGAAACGGGACAGACGGAGGUCAAGUGAAGUGCCUGUAAAUUCCAGCAAUGAUGACUGUUCAUUACAGAUGUACGUUUUCUCAGAACUGUUUUGUAUUUGCACUUGAUUUAACAUCGAAUGUAUUUUGUUUCUUGCUAACAUGGACACAGAGUCAGUUUCGAUUCGACAACGAAUGCAACAUCAGUUUGCCGGAGAAUCACAAAAGGUCCUUGUCUGGUACCAGGGUCAGUUCCGUUUCGACGCUGAGUGUAAGACCCUGCUGCCGUCCAGCGACCUCCGGGUAGACCGCUACGGCGACCUCAUCUACGAUCCAUCACAGAACAUACAUGACGUACUAUAUGAUGGCAAAUUAUCGUCAGCCAUAGUCUUCAUGUAUAACCCCGUGGCUACAGAUGGACAACUGUGUCUACAAUCUGCACCAAAAGGCAAUGUUUCAUACUUCGUACACACACCCCAUGCUUUGAUGCUGCAGGAAGUGAAAGCAGUAGUCACGCAUUCAAUCCACAGCGCUUUAAAUUCAAUAGGCGGGGUGCAGGUUUUGUUCCCGUUGUUUGCGCAACUUGAUCUACCGCAUGACGCCCCCACAUCUGAACCAAAGAGAGACCCCAUGCUAUGUUCAAAACUUCUCGGCUUUGUUUGUUCACUGGUGGAGUCAUGUAGCACGGUACAACAACACAUGCUGCAGUGCCGUGGGUUCCUGGUAAUCUCGCACAUGCUUCAGAGAUGCAGUCGCGAUCACCUCACACCGGACACGCUAGCUUCGUUCUUACAUCUAACAAAACAUCUUGUGACGUGCUGUUCUCCUAAUUCUGAUCUCCUAUUAAAACAGCUGCUAGACCACAUUCUGUUCAACCCGGCGCUGUGGAUCCACACGCCGGCAGCGGUGCAGGCCCGCCUGUACUGCUACCUGGCCACGGACUUCCUGGCUGACGCUCAUAUUUAUGGAAGCGUUAGAAGAGUUAGCACAGUCCUGCAGACGGUGCACACGCUCAAGUUCUACUAUUGGGUGGUGAAUCCUAGGACGAAGAGCGGUAUCACGCCUAAAGGAAUGGAUGGUCCGCGCCCUGCACACAAGGACAUACUAACAAUACGUGCCUACAUCCUUCUAUUUCUAAAACAACUUAUCAUGAUUGGUAACGGCGUGAAAGAGGACGAACUACAGUCGAUACUCAACUAUUUAACAACUAUGCAUGAGGAUGAGAACUUGCACGAUGUUUUACAAAUGUUGAUCUCAUUAAUGUCAGAACAUCCAAGUUCAAUGGUUCCUGCGUUUGAUGCUAAGGGUGGAGUGAGAACAAUUUUCAAAUUAUUGUCUUCGGAAAGUCAACUCAUAAGACUGCAAGCGUUGAAGCUUCUGGGAUUUUUCCUUAGUAGAAGUACACACAAACGCAAAUACGACGUGAUGUCUCCUCACAACCUGUACACGUUACUGGCGACGCGUUUAGGCGCGUGCGGGGAAGGAUUAGCGUUGCCCGUCUACAACGCGCUGUACGAGCUGCUCACGGAACACGUGGGACAGCAGAUCUUGUACACGAGCCAUCCGGAACCGCAGCCGCAUUUCCGCCUAGAAAAUCCCAGAAUGGUUGAUAGCGAUGGCAUACAUCCACCCCAAGAACGCGGAGGAGCAGAAGAUCUCGGACAUGGUGUAUUGUUUGUUCCGGAUGCUGCUGCAUCACGCCAUCAAGCACGAGUACGGCGGGUGGAGGGUCGGCGCGCUGACAACAUCACGGACCCGGCGGAGCGGCAACAGCGCCCCAUCUCCACCAUAUCCGGCUGGGACCGCGCCCCUCCGCCCGCCCCCGCCCCCAUUUCCGCUUCCGUUUCCGUUUCCGCUACUGGAGUUCUUCACCAUGCUGCCCAAACUGAAAUAGGCGAUGGUCUUUCUUUAAGAGACGUCUCUUCCUGCCCUUGCGGUCCUGGUACCGAUCCCUUAUAUAGCGAAGUCUGCAAACUACAUUCCCCGAAAAAACCCCGAUCUGUUGAAAUUGAACACGCGGUCGACGAAGAUGAAAGAAAGUCCAUCGAAGCCGACGACGAACUAGUCGACUCGAUCAUGAACGAUAAUAAGUUUUUAGAAAGCACCGAAUCGGGCAUCGCUACCGUUGAAAACUCUGAGAAAACAGACAAACCUUUAACGCGACAGGGUAGUUUAGAUUAUAUCCCAGUGAGAGACGUGGGAGACGAUGUUUCGAAAGACGACAAUACCGACAGAAGCGAAGGGAUUCCCUCCAGCUUGUCGGCUAGUGAAACCGCCAGUCCUGAAAGAAACGCCGAACCAAAUGCGACGGCAGAAAGAGAAUCGGAAUUAUCUGAUCCCUCGGAAUUAUAUCUAACGCCUAGUGAAGCCACCAGUCCGAGACGAAGUAACGACGAAGCUGAAACGAUCGUUUCAGAAGAAAUCACAGAUCCGAAGCACGUCGCCGCCGAUAUAGUGAACGACGUUCUCACCGUUGCUUUGGAAACGGUGAGGGCGAAAACGGAAGAAGAUCCCGAUUCUGGGGCGAUAUCUGGUUUCUUGCAUUCGGAAGGCGAUACGCCUAAUGGUCGCGAAGAUCUCGAACAAGAAAUCGAGGAUAUUGUCGAAGAAAAACAGACUGCUGAAACCGUCGCUGCCGAAAUCCUAAACGAUAUCUUAGCAAAUAUGGUCCUAAAGGACACGAACGAGGAGGAAGAAAGUGAUGUAAAUAAAAUGACGGAAGAUAAUAGUCCUCAAAGGGUUUUACCGUCGGAUCAUCCUCACGAGGGCAACGUUUUACCUCUGGAUGGCGAAUUUCUAGUCAGCUCUGUUAGAGAGGAGGAAGUCAAGACUGAACCGGAAAUAGUGACAGACGUUUCGGAAGAAAACGCGAAAAACGUCAGUCAAAGAAUGGACAUUCCCGAACAAGAGGAACCAGAAACGCCCGAAAUACCCCCGAUAUCGACGAUUAGUGAAAAUAUUUCGCUGGCGAAUAAAAGUGAGCAGACUGAUGAUGAUAGGAGUAGAGAGAGUGAAAGAGACAAACGACGCGUGAGCUUACCCGGUGAUAGUGAGAUGAAGCAGGACGGCACUAGAAGUGAAGGGGUCGCUACGCAAGGAACCAAUACCUCUACGUCGCCAAAAAGGCCACGAAGCGCUUCCACUAGUACGCAAGUGUGGCGAAGUCACUCAACGAAAUCUGUAAUAGACUUCGUGAAUAGCAGCGAAAAUGCGAUUUUCGUUGUGAAUACGGUGCAUCUAAUAAGUCAACUUGCUGACAAUCUGAUCAUCGCGUGCGGUGGAUUGCUGCCCUUACUGGCGUCCGCCACUUCGCCUAAUAAUGAACUCGAUGUGAUCGAACCGACCCAAGGCAUGCCCGUAGAAGUGGCGGUAACUUUUCUACAGCGGCUAGUCAGUAUGGCCGAUGUCCUUAUAUUCGCGAGUGCCUUGAACUUCGCCGAAUUGGAAGCGGAGAAAAACAUGUCCAGCGGUGGGAUCCUAAGGCAGUGCCUCAGAUUGAUCGCUCUAUACGAAACUCAAAGUAUAGAGAACUUGUAA